AUGAUGGCGGCGACGGCGGCGCUGACUCAGGGGCUGGAGCGGGUCCCCGACCAGACCGGCUACCUGGUCAUCUGCGACGGGGCGGUGCUGGCGUCUUCGGGUGACCUGGAGAACGACAAGCGGCCGGCCGGGGUGAUCUUGGAGCUGGUGAACACGGCCUGCGCUUUCCGCCUGCCCCGCUGCCCCGAGGUGCCCUUCAAGUGUAUCUAUGUGGUGUUUGGGGAGCACUCCUUCCUUGUGACCAUAUCUGGUCAGAAGCUGUUUGUGGUGAAGAGGCAGAACAGCGUCCGGGAGCCUUUGAUCGUCUGA